AUGUCUUCUUACCCCAACCAACACCUUGCAGCCAUUCUACCUAAACAAGGAGGACCUCUCGAGAUAACAUACCGUCCCACUCCCGCCCCAGGACCCAACGAUCUUCUGAUCAACGUCAAAGCCAUUGCAAUCAAUCCAGUUGACUGGGAGCAGCGCCACCACGGAGUUACAAUCGCCGCAUACCCUGCCAUCAUUGGGUCAGACAUCGCAGGAUAUGUCGAAGCGGUAGGGUCAAACGUACCAGCCGACGCACCCCAGGUCGGCGCCCGCGUCGCAGCUUUCGCACCCUCAUAUUUAUUUGGAUGUGCCCCAGAUUACGGCGCGUUCCAGGAGCGCGUUAUCGUCCCUGCAAGCUUUGUUACUCCCAUUCCCGAUACGCUAAAGUUCAAUGAAGCGACAUUAUUGCCACUGGGAGUGUUGACGGCAUGGGCAGGUUUCUACCAAGCCGGUAUUGCAUUUGGCACCAAGUAUACGCCUGCGGACAAGAAAGGGGUUUUGAUAUGGGGAGGUUCGAGCAGUGUGGGGAGCAAUGCAAUCCAAAUCGCCAAGUCUUUCGGCUUCAAGGUUUAUGUUACUGCCAGCGUAAAGCACCACAGUUAUUUGAGUACCCUGGGGGCCGAUAGACUGUUCGACUAUAAAGAUCCGAACGUUGUCGACAACAUUGUUAGGGCGGUGAAGGAGGACGGGGUGGUCAUUCAAGUUGGGUACGAUGCAGUCGGUCAGUUGAAGGAAUGUCAGCAAAUUUUACAAAAAACCAAAGCAGAGGGUCCGGCUAGGUUGGCCUCUGCGGUACCCUUGACCGAGGAUUCGCCUAAGGCAGAGGGGGUGGUGGUUAAGUUUGUAGAGGCAGAAGGAGACGCAACAAAGAUACAAGAGCUGAUUCACUUUGUCUACAGAAUUUGGCUGAAAGAGAAGCUGGAAAAAGGAGAGUAUUCACCAAGCCCGAGAAUGCAUAUUGUCGAGGGGGGCUUGAAAGCGCUAAACUCGGCUCUAGAUGAGUGGAAGAAGGGCGUAAGCGCUGUGAAGAUAGUUGUAGAGGUAUCAUGA